CAUCGCUUUCCGCUGGCCUGGUGCACCCCUGAAACGCUUCGGCCCGCGGUUCCCCACAAGGCUCUUCCUCCACGGUAGACGGGUGAGACUGAGACGACAAGCACGUGUGCGGGCUAGGUCGGAGUGUGUCGAUGUCCCCGUCAAACUGAAUAGGGCAACCAAACGGCCGGCCCGAGUUUGCCUCGACGCUCCCCCGAGUUGCGCUUCCGCUGACCAUGGGACUGUGCUGCAUCUCCUGAGUAUCUGAGCAGCGUGCCAACCCCAGGAUGCAUUCAGCCCACAAGUUGGCUGAGGCGCCGCCCAACAACAGUGACGACACUCGGUCUGUGCAACGUUUUCCCGCAAGCCCCGAAGCACACCCCGCCACGAAGAGCCCUCUCGAGGAACAUGGCCCGCCGCCCGAAGGCUCGUCCCCGCCCCUGCGGAAGGACACGAACUCAUCGAUAUCGACGGCGGCAACUGCCGUGACCUCGGCCACCCUACCUACCGGCGAAACGCCUGGGACACCCUACAGCGUGACCUCCUCGCCCACCUUCGCUGCGCAAGCCGUCUUCUCAGCUCGAGACGGCAGUGAGGUGGCUCCCCAGCGCCGUGCUAGCCGCCGACGAACCGGGCCCCUGACAGCCAUUCAGCGGGAGCGUGCCCAUCUCAUCCGCAAGAUGGGCGCUUGCGCAGACUGUCGCCGAAGGCGGGUUGCGUGCCACCCCAACCAUCACGACAUGUCCUGGGAGGAAGCUGCCAGGAGGUUCAGAUCCCACGAGCCUUCCACACACAGCCUAGCGCGCUUGGCCGGGCCGCAGCUGAGCCCGGCGCCGUCACAUUCCAGGCCGGCCUUCACCUCCGACUCUCGGGAAAUGGACCUAGACCCCCCGCCGACGCACCACCACGCUCAGCCGGCACUGAACGAGGCACGCAUCAGAACCCCUUUGCCCUCCGGACCGCGCCCCGAGAAGCCUAUCAGUGUGUCGCAGCUGCCUGGAUUCGACUCCUUCCGGGCCGAUCUUCAGGGGAGCGCAGACCGGAUGCUGGCGAACCCCUUCCGCAGCCGCUACGCCCACGUGUCGGUCCUUCUAGUCCGGUGGCAGGACGACGAGCAUCCCGGAGCCCGGAGUGCUGUUCAGGAAUUAGCCAAGACCUUUCACGAGGACUACAACUACGUGGUCCAGAUCAAAUCGAUUCCGACAUCACCAGCGGACUCCACGAAGCCUUGGCUAUGGCUGUCCCAAGUGGUGAGAGACUUCAUCGCCGAUCACAAUCAGCGCGACUGCCUCAAGAUCUUCUACUAUAGCGGGUGCAGCUACCUGAACGGGGACCGGGAUACGGUGCUUGCAAGCUCGAAGCACGCUGACCCUUCCUUGGCCAUCCGAUGGAGUCACAUCCAGCACUCCUUCGAGGAUGCCCGCUCCGAUGCGCUGCUCCUUAUGGACUGUGCGUACUACCCUUCGUACGCGACGGUCCGGCGGCAAGGCAUGCUGGAAGUAAUCGCUGCCUCGGCAGGGGAGGAUCACGCCGAGCUCCUUGGCAGGGGUGCCUUUACUCGUGCGCUGACGGACCAGCUCCGGACGAGGGCCAUCCAACCGUUUAAGGAGCCCUUCUCCGCAGCUGAACUCCACGCCAAGCUGCUAUCGUUGUAUCCCAGGAUGAUUCAGGAACAGAACCCUGAGAGGGAAGUCCUUACGAGGUAUCCCACGCCCCUGAGCAUGCAGCUCUCGGGCGUCAAGGCUCUACCAUCUAUUCUUCUGGCCCCGCUGCGGAACGGAGAAGCACCCAGCGCUCCUCCCGGCGGGACGCAGAUUAGCAUAACGUUUCGUUUGGCGAACGAUGUCUUCAACAUGGACAGCUGGGCCGAAUGGCUCCGGUCCAUGCCCGAGGGGAUCACGGAAGCGAGGGUGGACGGGCCCUAUCGCAGUACGUUUCAAUGACAGCAAUGAGCGGCCGCCGUUGGACGGCGGCCUUGCUAGGAUGUGGUUAUACUGGCGAGUGUCUCGCCGUCAUGGGCUGAUGGACACAGAAUGCCGACAACGUUUUUUUAUUUUUUAUUUUUUCUAUUUAUUUUUUUUCUGACACAGACGGGUCCAUACCCUUUCCGUUUUACCCCUCACUUCUGGCAUCCAUUGUUGAUGUUGUCAACUCUCAGCUCCUGCAUCUUGACGAACUUAUGACCAUCCAGAGGGAUCGCAAUCUCAUCGAAUCAUGGAAUGCUACCAAGGGUAGAU